AUGAAUGCCGCUGUAAGUAAUAGCGGUAAAUCGCAAAAGGGAAUGGCCAAAAUCUGCACCAAGCUCGUGAACAAAAGCGUAGGAAUACACAAAAAUAAAAAUUCAGUAAAGCAAAGAGGUUGUGUUGAUUAUAACUCUAGAAUACAGUUGUACGGAGAGGAAUCUGAAGAGUUGACAAGAUUAGACUCGAUGGAUUUGGAAAUUGACGAGAAUAUGCUGAAGGUGUGUAAAAUAUACCUGAAGCAAUCACUGUACAACGACUGUAAACUGGUGAAGCUGAACCCGAAUUACGUAGAACACAUAGUGGAGUUGAUAUUUAACCUGGGAUUUCUGGCGAAAAGAGGACACUUCAUGAGAGAUAUACUGGACCUGAUAAACCUGCUGGAAGUGCCGGAGAGUGUGUUGAAUUUACUGGGAAUGAACAGAAAUCACAGGCUCUCAAUAUUUAAAGGAGUGGCAUUCAGAGGAGAGUUGUCGCAUCCGGAAAUGAAGACGGAGCUAAAAAGAUUGUGUGAAAAUUAUGUGCCGAACGACGCAGCGUCACUGCUGUCAGCAAAGAGUAUAAGCUGCAUAAGCAAAGUGGGCAGUAAAGUGAUGAAUAAACUGUCAUUCGCACUCAACUGCGGAAUUAUGCACUCGCCGGACAAGGAUAAGGGAAUAGAGAAGUGCAUAGGAGAGUGCGAAAAGUUUUGUUUCCUGAGCAGAGGAGUGACCAUAGCAACACUGACGUUCGCAGAGAACUUCAAGGGCUUCACAAUAUUCAUAUCGAAGAGAAUGAUUAAGUCGGAAAACCUGCGAAGAAUCGAGGAACUCAUAAAAAUAUCGAUAGUGAGGCUGCAGGGAAUAGUGGAGGAGCUGGAGUUAAUCAAAAACCUGAACGGAACGUUCGAAGUGGACACGAAGGUGUUCGAGAGAGACCACAGGCAGAGCAGCGUAUGCGAAAACUUCUCAGACUACCUGGACACGCUCCUGGGAAAUAAGCCGAGGGGGAUGACGACGCCCUCGCCAAGGUCGACGCUGAACUACUUCUCAUGCGAAAUGUACUACAACAAAGUAGUGGAGUCGGAAAUCAGCUGCAGCGAGUACAGGAAGCUGACGAGACUUCAGUGCUUCAAGUACUACACGAAGAUGAAUGAGCUGUGCACGACGCCGUCCUUUGAAACGGUGCCAAUAGGAAGGUACGCAGAGGGAGAGUUCCUGAGCGACUUCAUAGGCAAAAUCACGAAUGCGCUGAAAAUCAACAAGUGCGUGGCGAGCCAGAGCUGCUCGGAGUCGUACAUCAACCACCAGCUGCACUUUGAAACGGCGUACUCGAACGUGGAAAACAUGCGGCUGUCGCUGACCUUCCAAAUGGCCUCGGAAAAGUACGCUCACCAGGGGAUCAACGUGAAGACGUUCUGCAGCAAGUGCAACCACUCGAGCAUACACAGCGUCCAGGACCUGACGCUCGGAAGGUUCCUGCAGCUGCUGAUGUUCAACAGGGCAUACAGAGCGAAGUGCGACCACGCGCUCUUCCAGAGCAGCAAGUUCUCAGUGCUGGCGGAAAGCUACUCGAUCACGUUUAACCUGAGCCCAGUCUCGAUCUACAAAGUGGCGCCGGAGUUCAACGAGCCUUACUACAACUGCACGCGCGACACCAUGGAGGUGCUUCUAAGGAACGGAACGAUGCUGGACAGAAGGCUGCAGCUGCUGUCAAACAAAGUGGAGAGUAUGGUACACAGGCCACAGGGAAGAAGGGUCUACGACACGGUGACGGAGAACUUGCACAACCUGGUAAACUACGACAUCGAGAGGCGCCUCCCGUGCAUAUGUAGGCUGAGGAGCCCAGAGGGAGAGAGCGGGCUUAGUAGGAGUCAGUGGGUUAGCAGCAUAGAAGGGCUUAAGUUCGAGGAGUUCAUAAGGAAGUUUGAAAGGCACUCAGCAUUCGGAAUAGAGCUGAACCACAGACUGUACGAAAAGAUAAAGGGCUCAAUGGAAAGAGGAGCUGCAUUGCACGCGUGCGAAGAGUGCGGAGCGAAUAGUUACACGACAGUGGCAGACGUGGACCUGCUAAACUGGCUGUACAUCCUGGUGCACGUGAUCAACUCGUUCGAAAGUAAAAUAGUUAAGUUGAAGGCAGGACUGGAGAAGAUAAUGAGUUACUCGGAGGAGAUAGCAGGCUUCUGCAGAAGCGUCGAGAGAGCGGAGAAGGACCUGAUAGGAGUGUUCGAGCAGUGCACAGCGCUGAUGGUCUACCACAAGCACUUCUGCCCGAGAGAGCCGAUGCACGCCUUCACAGUGGCAAAGGCGUUCUUCGUGGGAUUCUACAACGUAUUCGAGUCGCUGGAGGAAGAGUACUCGGCAAUAUCGCACGUGGAAAAGGUGGCCUCAGUGAAGAUAGUGGAGUACGACAAGACGAACGUGGUGAUAGUGCACAGCUUCGGCAAAGAAGCAGCCUCGUACGAAAAAAUCGACUUCACAAAAAUAGAAGGGCUGGAAAAGGAAGAAGAGGAGGACACGUACACAGCAUACAACAUAGACGAGUUCCUGACGUUUUCGCAGUACUUCGCAGUACUCUCGGGAAUAGAGGACCUGGCGUCGAAGGUGAAGAAGAAGAGCGCGUACUUCAGAAUGGUCUCGAAGAUAAGGCUGAAGCGAGAAGGGAACCAGUCGAUAAUAUGCGAGGACUACAAGCCGAUAGUGACGCCGAACAGAGACGUAGCAAACAUACUGUCAAACGCACUGCUCAAGUACACAGAGUACAUGAGAGAGUGGUCGCCGGAGUACGAAGAGUAUGAGAGCGAAGACUACGUAGGUGGACGCGAGAGAAGAAGAGGGCUGUUCCACGAUCAAGUGUCACUGAGAAUCCUGGUAGGAAGCGUUGAAAAGUGUAUAUUUAAGUUGGAAGUGCACUUGGAAGAAGAGAGUGGAUACACAAGUAGGAGUAUGGAGCUGAAGAAAAUAUAUACAACGAAAAAUUGGGAAAAUUUGAGUAAAUUUGAUGAUAUAGUUUUGAAAACGCUGUUUGAUAGCGAGGGUGGCUCUGCAGUGAGAACGAAAGUUAAAUUGAAGAAAAACAAGGAGAGUGAAGGGAAAAAAUGGAAGUCUGCAGUACCAUUUUACGGACUUCCAAUAAUAUACACGAAUUCGAACAUGCUUAACUACAAGAGAAUGGAUAUGAAGAGUGAAGAUGGCGACCACGGCUUAUGGGAAGAAAGCAAUGGAGGCUUCGAUGGAAAGGGUGAGGGAAGUGAUGAGGGAAGAAUGGCGACAAGUUAUAAGGGUAGUGAGUAUCUGUCAAGCGCAUUUAUAAAAAACGCCAUGAAGCUAAGUGUGGAGCAGAAGAUGCUCAUUAAGUAUAUUGUCGCCAAUAAUUCAUCAGUGAUUAUUGGAGAUGGUGGCGGAUUAACAGGAGAUAGUGUAGAAGUAAACGGUGUGAAUGCGAAGAGCGAAAGUGAAGUGUUGGAUGUGUACUGGGGGCCAUACCGCAUAACGGUAUUCUACGGAAGGGAGUUCGAAGGUCUGAGGAAAAGGUUCUGCGGAGACUUAAUGAACUACGCAAGGUCGCUGUGCAGAAGCACGAGGAUGAGGAGCACGGGAAAGAGCGGAUCGCCAAUCUUUAUGACCUACGACGGAAACUACACAAUCAAGUUGAUCAACAAGUACGAAAUAGGACUGUUUAUAGCGCAGGGGAGAGAGUUCUUUGAGUACUUUAAGAAAAAUGAGACUCUGAUGAGUCUGCCGUACGGACUGUAUAAAGUGACGCACCUGAAGACGAACAGCAGCAUCAACUGCUUCGUUAUGCAGAACAUAGACCACUUCCACAACGAAAGUAAAAUCAGCUUUGACCUCAAGGGAAUAGCGCUGAAGAGGUACAUCAGCAUAAGCAGGGAGAGCGUGACGCCCACAAGUUUGAGCACAACAUACAACUACGCGCACUCGUCGUUCAGCGACUCGGAAGCCAAGGGGAAGGAGGGAGAAGGCAAAGAUCAGAGCGUGCUGAUGAGCAGCGGAGGAAGCUACGUGCUCCUGGACCAGAACUUUAAGCUGUACACGAAGGGGUGUCCAAUACAGCUGAACUACGAAUCAAUCAACCUGAUCAACGAGAGACUGAAGAGCGAUUUGAACUUCCUGUCGAGCAUAAACAUAGUGGACUACUCAAUGCUGCUGAGAAUAUCGCCCUCGCAAUCAGUGAUAACGCUGGGAAUAAUAGACUUUCUGAGGCCGUACACGUGGGAUAAGCAGAUAGAAACGGUGGGCAAGCGGUUGGCGAACAUAGGACAGGAGCCGACGAUAGUGUCGCCGAACGAAUAUAAAACGAGGUUCUUCAACUUCAUACAGAGAACAUUCGUGUACCCGUACGGAGUGAGAGGCCAGAAGGAGAGCCCGGAGCCCGGAGGCCAGAGGGCGACUGGCGAUAACAUAAACUACAUGUACCAAAUAAGGCCGUACAGACAGUGCAGGCAGUGCAGCGCAAUGAGGUACAUGUACUCCAACGAACACUUCGCGUGCCUGAAGUACUACAUGGCGCUGCUGUCGCCAGAAGUGAUGCAAUACCUGCACCUGGUAAUGAGGGAGAAGGGAGGAGAGACCACGAGGUCGCUGGAGGCGCCGGCUCGAGGGGGAUUUGCUGAAGGGCCAGGAAAACGCGAAGCGCACAGAGAACGUCUGGACAGGCUGGUGAGCGCAAUAGAGCGUGCGUACCAAUCGCCGACGAUCAACUGGAGCCUAGUAAUAUAG